AACAAACAUUGAGAAUAUACAAUUUUUAUUUUUUAUUUUAACUCUCGUAUCAUUCUGUUAAUUACCUUCCUCGCCUCAUGCAAACAGAGCCUAAAGAGGCUAAAAUCUCCGAUAGAAAACAAAUCAAAAUCUCUGAUCGAGCAUCGACGGCCCUUCAGAUUCCUGAAAUCCCCAAUUCUUUUCUAUAUUUAUUCUGCUAUAUUUGCGACUGAAAUGGUUUACAUAACUUCGUGGGACGAGUUCGUUGAGCGAUCGGCACAGUUGUUUCGCGCGGACCCUGAUUCAACGCGGUAUGUUAUGAAGUAUCGACACUGCGACGGCAAGCUGGUUCUCAAGGUCACUGAUGACAAAGAGUGUCUGAAGUUCAAGACGGACCAGGCACAGGAUGCUAAGAAGAUGGAGAAGCUGAAUAAUAUUUUUUUCACUUUGAUGUCUCGGGGCCCUGAUGCUGAUGUGUCAGAAGUUACAGGGAAAGAACAGACAGAAGCACAGUCAGGGAAGAAAGGAAGAGGAAGGAAACAAUAACUUGUUGGCUUUAAGACAAAGAGGAUUUGAAUGUCUUACUUGACUUGUGGAUGAAUUAAAUGAAUUUUUGGAAUGCUUAUGUGGAGGGUCCAUAUUAAUGCCAUUUUUAGGCAUUACCAUUGAAAAAAAUGUGGGAUGUUCUGCUCUUUUCUUAAUCCCAUUUAUGUGGCAAUGAUUCUAUCUGAA